UUCGUCUAUGAACUAAGUGUAAAACGUUAAGGAGGAAAAGAGGAAACUCGUGGUCUAAGUGGCAGUGGUUGUCCUCCUUUACAAAUGGCGACUUACGGUGCAACACGCCGAAUUUUAUAACCGCCAGAGUAGAUAGAUUACAUUUGUAUUGUAGGUCGAGGAAAGUGUUUAAAACUUAUUGGAAGAAAGUAAGGAAACUAGAAAAAAUGGGAAACGUGUCGGCUUCAUCUGCACCUCCACCACCUCCGCCUCCAACAUCAGUUCCUACGGUUCCUCUUCAAUUUGAAAAGACAGACCCUACGACCGGGGUUGCGCCGUCUACUCCGAUUUCAGAUCGUCUUGAAAAUCCUGGCACGAUCGAGGACCUACAUAAGAAGUGCAAAGAUGUACUCCCCGUUAAUUUUGAAGGAGCAAAGUUGAUGUUAAAUAAGGGUCUUAGUAACCAUUUUCAAAUUUCUCAUACAAUCAAUAUGAGUUCUGUAACACCGUCUGGAUACAGAUUUGGUGCGACUUAUGUGGGUACUAAGCAAAUAUGUCCCACCGAAGCUUACCCAGUUUUAUUUGGUGAUAUUGACCCUACUGGAAAUCUAAAUGCUAAUAUAAUUCAUCAAUUAGGGCAGAGACUAAGGGCUAAGGUAGCAGUUCAAGUACAAAGAAGCAAAUUUACUGCUGUACAAAUGACAAACGAUUAUCGUGGUGAUGCAUAUACAGCUUCUCUUACGUUAGGUAAUCCAGAUAUUCUUAAUGGCUCUGGUGUUUUAGUAAUGCAUUAUCUUCAGAGUCUUUCUCCCACUCUUGCUUUGGGAGGUGAACUUGCAUAUCAACGAGGACCAGGGUUACCUGGAGGACAAAUAUUUGUUGUAUCAGCCGCUGGCAGAUAUACAAAUGGAGAGUCUACGAUUAGUUGUAGUUUAGGUCUUGCAGGCUGUCACGUUUGUUUCCAUCAGAAAGCUAGUCAGAAUUUGCAAGUAGGUGUAGAGUUGGAAAUUAAUGCACGAUUGCAGGAGUCCACGGGAACUAUUGCCUAUCAAGUCGAUUUACCUAAAGCAGAUUUAUUGUUCAGAGGAAGUGUUGAUACAAAUUGGACAGUUGGUGCUGUAUUAGAAAAGAAAUUACAGCCAUUGCCAUUUUCUUUCGCACUUAGUGGCAUGCUUAAUCACACCAAACAACAAUUUAGACUUGGUUGUGGCCUUAUUAUUGGCUAAGAGUUAUGCUAGUUUACGUAAUUGAUUAUUAUCAUACGGAUGGAAAAGAGCAGUGCUUUACUGCCAUGUUACUAAAGAUAAUAAUGUAACUAGCAUUAACGAUGCAAAGUUAGUGUCUUUUCUCAGUCUCCCAUCCAUCAUUUAUUGAAACAUGUUUUAGUAAAGUUAUAUUAUUCGAGCACACAAUUAAACAUUCACUUUAUUACACUGUAGGCUAAUUGAAUUACAAAAUAUUCUGAAGUCACUAGAUUAUUUCACAUUUAAAUUACCAUUUCUGUUAUAAUUUAAACAGCAUUUUUGUUUCUGUUUUAAGUCAGAAACAAAUAUUUACUGCAUUUACGGAUUUGUAAAAACAAAAAUGUAUAUAAAAAUAUCCGUGUGCUAAUAA